AUGUUGGAGUUGGGCAGCGGACCGACGUUAUCAGUCGACGGUAUUUGAUCUGGUUCGUCGCUCGGUCCUUGUUGCUCUUGGUUCUAAGUAAUCAGUUUUCUUCUCGGUUAACUGGUUCCUUUUAAAAUGGCGACGGUAGUAGAUUACAAAAAGUGUUUAGUGUUUGUUCUAAGCUAGCUAACGCUAACAUGUACCUGUAUGUAUAAUUAUUUACAAUGUUAGCAAGCUAGCUAGCUGUUAGCAUUAGCAGUGUCCGCGUGGAUUGCAGUGUGUUUAAAACCGUUUCUGUGCCGUGACAGGUUGGUAGUUACGUUAUGUUAGCAUGGUGAUUAGCUUGAUGUUUUGUUUUUUGAGUUCAGGUAAAAUCGACGUUUCUGAAAAUAUUCAAUAUAUUGGACUGAUUAUCUGUAGACAUCUGAUUAACAAUUUAUCACGUGUCAUCAACACCGUGAAAAUAUUUCAUCAGAACCACUGAAUAGAAAUCUUAUGAUCGUGUUUUAAUGAUCGUAAUGUUCAUGCUUUGACCUGAAUAUUGAUAUUUAUUUGGAAACAUUGUUUUGGAAAAUAAAUUAAAAAAGUCAGUCGUCUGAGUCUGGACAUAAGACAGAUUCUUCAACCCUGUGUUGUUUUCUCGUAGAUGCCAUCAGCUUGGACCGUGAAAUAGACCUCUCAUUUUAGUGUCAUCGCCAUGUAAAUGCAGAGAAAGCUGCUAGGGGUCAAAAACUGGUCCACAACCAGUACUGCUCAAAACCAAUACCACACAGAGUGGCUGUGGGAUCAUCCUGGUACAAGAGCAGGCAAAUGGAGAGUGACUGCCGGAUCCCUGUGGUGUGUUGUCGGCCUCGAGUCCUCAUCCUCCACGUUCUGUUUUGGGGCCUUGUUUCCCUCAGAGUGUUUGGUGCUGCUCUAUUGGGUGAAGAAAAAACUACAGUAGUAAAACCCAUGGCUACCCCCUGCUGGUUGCUGGAGGACUUUGUAGUGACAACAGAGUGUUGGCAGUGUAACGCUUUCCAGUCUUCGUGGUCGGCCUGUGGACUGACGGGAUACGUGGAAAAGGUCAACUGUACAAAGUCCAACAGAGACGAGCACAAAAGCUGUCGCUCCACUUUGAUGGAGGAACACCUGUUCUGGAAGUUUGAGGUAGCCAUGUUGGUGUUAACGAUGGUCUUCGGCAUCUUGGUGUUUGUCCGUCAGCAUUGGCUCGACCGCCUUGCCUCUGAGAAAGUACGUCGCCAGAUCGAGUCGAUUUAGCCAGCUGAACAAGGACUGUUGGCAGCAGUUUUUACUGAAUCAGUGGAUGAAUGACAGAUGCUCAACCUACAGGAUCCGAACUUUGUUUUUCUCAUGAACUUUAGGUGAAUUUGAAAAUUUCAGGACAAGCAGCAUCAUCUUUUUUGGGUUUCAGUUUUUCCUGGCAGAGAAUUGGAGGAAUAUUAAAUCCUGUAGUAAUAAAGGUUUGGGUCCAGUUUAACUUCUUCUUUAUCUUCACAAAUAUCAGUUUUUAAAGUCAGUUCAUUUUAAUUUUCUGUUAAGGUUUGACAAAAUAAAGAAAUUAAUCUGAGCAACAAAUGUGAACCAAAAUGAGGGAUGUGCUGCCUGUCACAGCUGUAUGUUCACUAAUUACAAACAUCUAUUUAUUUGGUUUUAUUAGAACUAUUUGUACCUUUUGAGAAACUAUGAGUCUGGAACUGACAAGACAACUUACAUCUAAGAUGCAAACAAAGACUUGAUCAUUUUCAGUAGCUUUACCUGAGGUGUGUUUAAACUUGUACAUUAAAAUGUUAUUUCCAGAUAUUUCUGAUCAAAAAUGUAAUGCAACAAUGUACUUCACUUCUGAUGGGCUAAUCAGAGCUGAGUGUUUAAAAAUAAAAUUCCAUUCUGUUCAUAGAAAUUAA